AUGGUGUUGAAAUUGGAGUCACAGAAUUCCUACCUCACCAGUCAACACUUGGUCAUUCGUGGCAUUGUUGAGAGACUGAUGGAUACGGAACUUUUGGCUAAACAGAACGAGUGGAAGAAAGGUGUUAAGGACAUUAGAGAUAUUAUUGAAAAGGUGGAGAGCAAUGGUUACAAAAGCACUGACAUGUGGAGAACACAUUGGGAGGUACAAAUAUACAAAGCGAUGGAAUGCCAAUACAUACGGGCCCUACUCUCUCUUCAUACCAACUUUCCACAUCUCAGGGUCGACUUAAUUCUUAGGAGUCGCACGGUCCGUUUGCAGCCACCCAUGGAGGACAUUCGUGCACAACAUUACCAGCAAUUACGACGGCUCGUGUCAUUGCCUAAACAUUUUCCGUCGCUAUUCAAUAACGCUUUAGACGCGCCACCUAUCUUCGCUUCUAUAGUAGAUAAGCACAGUUGGAUCGGAAAUAAAGCUGUCCACCAAAUAGAAGCGACUCUAUCGUCGUUGGAACGUGUCUGUGAGACGUGGAGCGUACGCGCUGGACUUGCGUGCGUGCCCGAUCUUGAAGUCCUAUGCGCGGAACAUUUGCACGAACCGCAAGAUUGGGAGCUUAACUUCAAAGCUUGUAAGGCGUAUGGACAGGCCGUCGCUAAAAUGCUUUUUGAUGACGAAAAAGUUGAUUGGAUAUCGGUUGGCACGAUUUCGUUGCGACGCGAAUUUGAAGCCCAGUCGCGUAACUUGUGGGCGUGUCUGAUGUCUUCCUUGCAAACUAGCUGCCACAACGAUGUAUCUACUUUGGAUUCUUAUAUGGCAAACGUAACGCUUCUUUUGGAAAAUAAAAACCUUCCCAAGAGUGCUAAAGAAUUGGCAGAAAUAAGCGCGAAGCAACAGGGGCUCCAAGAGAAAAUGCCUGAGAUGGAAAAACUUGUUGACGGAUUGAAGAAAAAAGGUCAUAUGUUGCGCACUUGGGGUGGUGACACUUCAGUGGAAAACAGUGUGAAGGAGUGGAACAAGAUUCGUGAACAAAUUGCUGCACAUCAGCAAAUGUUUGAACAUCAGGCUGAAGUAGUGAAGUCCAGUUUAUCCGGAGAAUGGGACAAUAUAUGUAGCGGCAUGGAAGCCUGGCUCUCUCGUUGGGCACAAGCUAAAUCGCGAUUAGAAGAUACUCACGGUCUUUUAUAUCCGGAAAUGGUAGAAAGAUGUCGCUCUAUACUCGAUGGUAUUCAGAGCUUUGAUAAACUUGCCAAGGAAAAGGAGGAUUUAUUGUGUGAAUGUAAGAAAUUUAAUAUGAAGUUUGAAGAAAAUGAUGUCUGGAAAGAGGCUGAUUCUCUUAAAAAUUAUCUCAUGAACACGUGGACUAUAUUUAACGAGUAUAAUGAAGAAUAUGAAAGCAUGGGAAACCAAGAGUGGUUAGUGUUUCAAAAGAAAUUGCACUUAUUGGAAGAAUUUGUUUGUCGAUGGAAUAACCGUUUGGAACCGUUUACACCGGUCACUCUAUACCUACAACAAGAGUUAGAAAAAUAUACUGAUUUAACUGGCGUCCUCAAGUACGUUCGCGGGAUGGAAUUUACGGAAAAACAUUGGCGUGAGGUGUACAGUCUUGUAGGAAUGGAGUACAAGAAGCCAGAGACAUUGCAGCUGGGGGAUUUUCUUAAUGUUGCAAGCAAUGUUAAGGGACAAAUGAAAGCUCUACAGAAAGUCUCAUCUAACGCCUCAAGCGAGGCAGCUGUGCGAAGCGCGCUCAGCGAUCUAGAACUAUGGUACGCUGGCGCAAGAUUAACCAUUACUUACUACGCUGAUAAGGCCAAGAAACUCACACCGAUCGUCAAAGACUUUAAGGAUAUACUUACUAAGAUUGAAGAGCAACAAUGGGUUGUCUGGUCUCUGGGUGGUGAACUAGGCGGGACUGGCAGUGGGUGGGACGCAAAGCUUCGUACUGCCGUCCAUCUGCUACGAGCUGCGCAUCACGUACAGAGAAGAUCUAGUACGGAAAGGGAAUUUAAUAAAAUCUGCAUCUAG